AUGAAUUACUCAAAGAGCGGAGGGUACGACCAGGUACCACCAGUUCUUGACCAGUUCAAGGUCCAAAAUAUUGAAAAUUUGGAUUUUCCUAUAGUGACGGGUGAGCUUAAUGGGAAUGUGGUCCAAACUCGUAACAUCCAGCCUAAUAUAGAUGCAAGAUUACCAGUUCAAGCAGAAUCAACAAUUUCAAUGCAAACAGAGACAGUAGAUGAUGGUAGCAUAUCGAUAGCAAACGUUAGUAAUGGUAGCCAUUCGGCAGAGGUCCCAAAUAAAGGCCAUGUAUUUGAAUAUCAUGACCCAUUUGAUAUCCAUUCAUAUCCAAUAACGAAUCCGCCAAUUUUUGACUCUACCAUGAUGCUUCCAUAUACGUCAAAUGAAGGGAUUCCCAGAAGGAGAAGAAUAUCUAUAUCUAACGGUCAGAUCGGGCAGAUUAUAAAUCACGAGUUUUACUUGGAUAACGAGAGUCUGCUCGAUGAGGAUUUGAAUGGGCCAAGACUGAAUGACCAACCACUAUCAAAGGAUGAUACUAUGUUGAAUGAUGCUCAUCCACACCAGAAUAGGGCUCCGGUGCGACCAGGAUCAACCGAGCAGUUUCUGCAAAUCCAACAACCCCAAAUGCCACAGAAGGACAUGAUACCUCAGCGUCCCGUAAAAGCAGCCCUUGAUAUACCACUGGGGCAACAACAGAGAAUGUAUAGAGAGAACCAACUGAAGUCCGAAAUACAUAGAACCCCAAAAGAUCCGCCUGCGGGUGUUCCUCCACCAAACCAUCAAUUAAUAUACAACAAUGAGGUGAUCUACAAUCCUAAUAACGGGCCCAUUCCUGGGACAGCAGCUUGGAAAAAAGAAAGACUAUUGGAGCGUAACAGACUUGCAGCUUCUAAGUGUAGGCAACGAAAAAAGCAUGCACAGCAACAGCUUCAGAAUAACGUAUCCAAAUAUCAGAAAGACGUUGAUGUGCUCAAAGAUAAACUAAAUAAAUAUGAGAAAGUUUUCAAAAACUACAAUUUAAUAAUUUCCAAACAUGUCGACAAAUUUCCUGACUCCGACCUAAAGACACUAUCAAAGUUCAGUGAUAUCGAUGCAAUAACUGAAAAAGAUCUUGAUGUUAUUUCCAAACUUGCCGGUAGCUGA